CAACAGCAUGCUUGCCAUGACCGCAGUGACCCCCUGGUGACCCCAUCGUGAGUAGCGCUGUGGGUUGUAUAAGUCAAGGCCUAUCGGUCUUCACAGCGAAACUUGAUAUUCCGCCCCCUGUUCUACAUUCGCAUUUUUGCUGGCUCGUCCUGAAUGGUAUCGCUAUUCAAUGGAGCUGAUACGGUCUCACUGGCUGUCACGACCGCUGUCUUCUAUGAGUAUGGUCUGACAUGGACGCGGGAGCCGGGUGGUCAUACUAGUGGGAAUAACCUCGGACCCUUCAAAAGAGGACUGGUGCGGUGUGGCAAGAGCUGCUCAUUACUAGUAUGGUGCUCGGAAAUCUAUGCAGUCAUUGCUUUGCUUAUUAUCACACUGCUAUCCGCUCUCAGAGUAUACGCUCUGUGGUACGGUACCGUUUGGCCAUCGCUUCUUGUCGUUAUGUGCGGGUUGAUACUCCCGUUUGUCAGCAUAGCUAUCAUGACGCUAUGCGUUAGAGAGGCACUCAGCAACCCUGUUGCUUGCAAUCCUAGUCUACAUGCGGGAACAACGGCUUUCGCCGUCUACUUCGCAGCUCGUGCGAUUGGUAUUGUGUCAGACAUCCUAGUCGUCGCAUUCACAUGGGUGAAGGCACGUAGGUUGAUGGCUUCAACACGAGCAGUCGGGUUCACUGCAUACGUGCCAGAAGCACUACUGCGCUUUGGCUUACACUACUUCGCCCCUCCGACAGAGCGUGUACAAAAGCCGUGUCAUCACUCAGACCACUCGUCAAAGCGACCCCAUGAUAGGCAACAUGGGCGAGGACAUCGAGUAUGAUACAGACAGCGACGACGAUGUCAGCGAACUGGC